AUGAACGGAGCAAGCUCCGGAGACGAUGGACAGUCGGCUGUCCAGACCCUGAAGGUCCUGUACUCGAAGAUCUUGUCGAUUCCCGUUGAGGAUGUCGACGACUGCUCCUCAUUCGUCGCGCUUGGCGGCGAUUCCUUCAAGGCAGUGAACCUGUUCCAGAAAUGCACUGAGCAGGGCUUGGUCGUCCGCUUUCAAGAUCUUCUUCAUAAAUCGCUGGCCGACGUCGCAGCCUUUUCUCAAGCAGCCGCAGAGAAUGGCGAUGCCGGAUCCUCGGGGCAACAGCGCGCGGGGAGAGAUGAGACCUUCACUCAGAUGCCAGCAGAUUACGACUUCGGGAAGCUAUUCGACGAGUUAAAGAGGAAGCAGGGUCUCAGUCCGGAUGACGUGGAAGACAUCUAUCCUUGCAGUCCAAUGCAGGAGAACAUGUACGUCGGCCAGAAAAUGAGUUCAAAGCGACUUUACCGGUCCCGCGGGCUUUUCGAAUCCCAGUCAGGCUUUGAUGUUGAUCGCUUUAAGGCGAGUUGGCACGAAAUCAUACGUCGCCAUCAAACCCUCCGCACCAUCUACGUCGAAACAGCGGACCCGUCUGGUGGAAGACUGCUGGAUGCGGUUGUGCUCAAAGACAAGCUGGGCCGAGUAAUCGUCAAGAACUGCGACGAUGUGGCCGAGGUUCAUCGACUAUUCCGCGAAGAAUCCCUAGACGACGAAAACGACCAGGAUGACCAACACCAAAUCACCAUCUACUCCGAUUCAAAAGGGGCAACGCACGGACGAAUCCUUUUUCAGGUUGAUCUCAAUCAUCUCACGGUCGACGGCAGCUCUCUCAUGGUCAUCAUGGAGGAACUGGUCAAAGGCUUGCGGGGAGUACCAGUCCUUGGACCGGCAACCGGUUACGGCAAGUACAUCGAGUACCUCCAGGACGAGGUCGACGAAGAUGCAGCUCUCGACUACUGGAUCGACUACAUCGACGGAGCUGAGCCUUGCUACCUUCCGACCAUGAAUGACAACCAGGGUGGCGAUGCUGGUUCUUUUGAGGUCGUAGAGAUGCCUCUCGAUACGUCGCUGGAGGAGCUCCGGACAUUUUGCCGCAACUUCAACGCCACGAUAUCGAAUACAUUACAAGCCGUCUGGUCACUAGUUCUGCACACCUACACCGGCGAACCAGACGUUUGUUUCGGCUACUUAUCCUCUGGACGCAGCCUGCCCAUCAUCGGGGUUUCUGAGAUUGUAGGUCCGAUGAUGAACCUCUUGGUGUGCCGGGUACGCGGCAUAGACAAUAAGUCGCUCGGUGAUCUUUUGGGAGACAUCAGACAUGACUUUGUUCAUUCCUUACCGCACCAGUGCUUCUCGAUUGGCAAGGUCCAGCGCAUUCUGGGCAAUAAUGAAAACAAAUUGUUCAACACCAUAAUGACGUCCUACUUCUCACCGGCCGCAACCGACGAAAGGGGUAGCAACGUGUUCAGGCUGGUCACCUCUCAUAAUGCUUCAGAUUUCGACAUUGUACUCAAGGUUGUUUACUCCGACUCAGAUAUUCGCAUACGCAUAGCCUACUCCACUGCGACACUCUCUCCGGCGAUGGCAGACGGCGUUUCUCGGACAUUUUCUUCAAUUUUGCGCAGAAUGGUCAGCUCAGAGAGCCCGGAUAGCUCGGUCGGGCCGACAACCACCAUCAGCCCGGAGGGUUUGCGGCAGGUCAUGGACUGGAACGUUUUGGAUGCCGUUGAUGAGACGACUCCGGGUUAUGUGCAUCAACUCAUUGAAGAGAGGGCGCAACUUCAACCCGACGCCCCAGCCAUCUAUGCGUGGGAUGGGGAGAUGACGUACGACGAGCUCGAAAAAGCGGCGACCUGUGUUGCUAGCUACAUCACCAGCCUCGGCAUUGGUCCGGGGGCAUUCAUUCCGCUAUGUUUUCAGAAAUCUGUCUGGUACUCCGUUGCUCUCCUCGCCGUCUUGAAGAGUGGAAACGCCUUUGUCCCUUUGGAUCUAUCGAACCCCGCAGCUCGGGUUCAAGAGAUGCUGAAACAGCUAGGCAUUUCAGAAGACCGCGGCUUGAUAAUAUGUUCGCCUCAGCAAGCUGCAGAGUUGUCGUCAUCAGCCCGAAACGUGCUUGAGCUCGAUGAAGAACAACUUUCCGCCAUCGCCUCUUCACGAGUCGCUCUCGCGCUCCCGGUCAUCACGCCUCAACAUCCAGCAUACAUCAUCUUUACGUCCGGCUCAACCGGAACACCGAAAGGAGUGGUCGUUGAUCACGGGUCCUACGCGUACGCGGCACGAGCACACAGCAACGGAAUCCAGAUCAACGCCACAUCACGUGUCUUACAAUUCGCGUCAUAUGGUUUCGACACCAGCAUGGAGGACCACCUCACGACCUUCGCUGUUGGGGCCUGUCUUUGUGUUCCGUCCGAAGAAAUGCGCCUCGGUUUGCCAGAUCUAGCAGAUUUCGCCACCAAGUCACAAGCCAACUGGGCUCAUCUCACACCGUCCUUCGCUGAGAUGCUGACUCCUGCCCUGCUUCCGACCAUGAAGACGAUGGUUCUUGGUGGUGAGGCGAUGUCAGGCAAGAAUGUCAGGAACUGGGCGAAUCCUGGAAAGACGAAGUUGAUUCAAGUUUACGGGCCUUCGGAAUGUUGUGUGACCAGCACUAUCGGGAACGAGGUGACUCCUGAAGGUGACCCGACAAAUAUCGGCAAAGCCGUUCCUGGAUGCGCGACCUGGGUUGUCCGCCCUGAAGACCCUCACGUCCUCCAAGCCGUCGGCGCAGUCGGCGAACUCUUGAUGGAGGGACCGAUCUUGGCUCGUGGAUACCUGAACAGUGCGGAGCAAACGGCCGAAGCAUUUGUGACGGCUCUGAGAUGGGCUCCCGAGAAGCGUCUCUACCGAACCGGAGAUCUCGUCAAGUACGAUUCGAGUGGUGAUCUUCAUUUCGUCGGCCGCCGAGAUGGCCAGGUCAAGCUCCGAGGCCAAAGGCUCGAGUUGGGCGAAAUUGAGCGACAGCUGGUCUUGCAUCAUCAAGUUCAGCAUUGUCUUGUCCUCGUUCCCAAGUCAGGGCCAUGUGCGAAGAGACUCGUUGCAUUUGUCACGAUUGGUGACACCAGUUCUGGCUCCAAGCCUACGAUUUCGACACCAUCAACAGAAAUAGAGACCCUCGGUGGCGAUUGGUCAGAUCAGGUUGCUCCGAUGAGAGAUUUCCUCCUAGACAAGGUUCCGCCGUACAUGACCCCCGAGGUUUGGAUUCCUCUGAAGUCACUGCCUCGGAGCUCAUCUGGCAAACUGGACCGGAAGAGAAUGGAAGGGUACCUCGAACAUCUCACGGAGGACCAGUAUGCCAACUUGGUGUCUCACAUGCAAGACAAGGGCACUGAGAGAGACGGUAAUGAGACGGAAUUGUUGCUCAGAAGCAUCUGGAGCGAGGUCUUGAAUGUGCCUGAAGAGGAAAUUCGAUGGGACACUUCAUUCUACCACCUUGGUGGUGAUUCAAUAUCGGCGAUGACGGUCAGCAGUUUGGGUAGGCAGAAAGGUUUCAACAUCUCUGCCGCAGAUGUUCUCAAGUGCCGAUCGAUUGAGCGUCUAGCCAAAGCAGCAUCUCGGAUAGAGCACGUCACCCGAAAACCGGUACCGACAGCUGCAUCAAUGGCAGAACCGAUGGAAGGCGAUCCUUUUCCGUUGUCUCCGAUCCAGCAACUUCACUUCCAGGCCUCUCCCAACGGCGAUGUCCUCGAUCAACAUACCAUGGUCGUUCAGGUUGCCAACAAAGUCGAACAAGAAACACUUCUCAGCGCCGUCGAGUCUAUCCUGGAAGCUCAUCCAAUGCUGCGCGCCAGGUUUGAAUGUCACGAUGGCGAGUGGAUGCAGAGGAUUACCACUUCCGACAUUCAUCAGAACUGCCGGAUGAGGUUUCAUGGACGCGAUCAGAUUGACUAUGUCAUCGAAUGCAUCAGCGAGUCCAAGAGGUCUUUGAAUCUUGAGACUGGUCCACUUGUCGGGCUGGACUUUUUCGAAACACGCCGUCAGACUCUGCUCUCCAUCACCAUACAUCACCUCGUGGUCGACACGGUCUCAUGGCGAACGCUCUUCCGCGAGCUCGAGAACUUCCUGCUAUUUGGAGGCCAGGUAGAGCCGGAGGCCACAACAUUCCAAUCGUGGUGCCACGCGCAAAGACAGCAUGCAGCAACUUUGAACAUCAAGGAUGUUCUGCCGCCGUCCGACCGAGUUGCACCUACCGAUCUGGGGUUUUGGGGUAUGAAGGACAAAAACAAUUGCUUCAAGUCCUGUGUCGCGGAGAAGCUCACUCUCACCGCUGAACUCACGAAAGCUUUGUCGUUGGCUCGAAGCACUUCCAACUACGCGUCGUUGGAUCUCAUGGUCACCGCAGUUGGGGAGUCGUUUUACGAGACAUUUGGACGUUCGCCUGCGGUCUUCAUCGAGGGGCAUGGCCGGGAGUCCUUCUCGGCGGACAUGAACCCAUGGGAGACAGUAGGUUGGUUCACCACUUUCCUACCUGUGUACGCGGAGCACCACGAGGAUAGUCUCGCGACUCUGAACAGUGUCCGCGAGCUUCGCGCCAAUACCACUCUGAGUGGACUGCCUUACUUCAUGUCACGCUUCCUCAACACCGACGGUGUCGAAGCUUUCAAAGAAAGGCAUUGGCCGAUGGAGAUCACGCUCAACUACCUGGGGGCCUUCCAGCAGUUUGAGAGACAGGGGUCACUGUUCAAGAGAUGCGACGAUGCUUUACAGUCACGCCUGUCUGAGUUGCGAAAACAACAACGCGCAGAUUCUGCGAGAUACUCUCUCAUUUCAAUCCUUGCCGUCAUGAAGGAUGACCAGCUCUCGAUUGAGAUUGAGUGGAACUCGCAGAUGAAGCACCAGGACAAGUUGAAAGACUGGGUUUCUCAACUUGAGUCAAGUUUCGAACAGAUUGUGAACCGCAUGGCAUCACAGAAUCUUCCCGACUCGCCGAUUGACAACUUGCCUCCAUCCGUGGGCCUCAACUCCAAGAGACUUAUGUCGGCUUUGGGUCUGGCAAAGACUAGGCUAAACCUCCAACCCGGUCAGAUCGAGGCCGUGUACCCAUGCUCUCCAAUCCAAGAUAGUCUUAUGCUGUCUCAGCUCAAACGACCAUCCAACGUCUACAGCCAGCACUUCCUCUUCAAGCUGUCUAGUGAAGAACAGCUUCAACCUGAGAAUCUCUACGCUGCGUGGAAACACGUAGUGGCUGUCCACCCCAUCUUACGCACCUUGUUCUUGGAGGACGACGAAGGUGCCUUCCUACAGGUCGUUGUCAAGACAGUGUCGCCAGACAUUGAGAUUCUGAGACUAGAGGAUGAGCAAGAUCUUCCGAGCCUCUGGGCGAAGCAGUCAACCUCACCUGGGCCCUCGCCAUUGAGCGGAAAGAUACUACACAAGCUGAAGAUCUACUCUGCGAAGGAUGGUGCAAUCUACUGUUUCCUGGACAAGAAUCACAUCAUCACCGAUGGCACGACUUCCAGACUUCUCAUCCGCAACUUCUUGGACGCGUACGAGGGUCGAUUGCGAGGCGAUGUCAGUCCGUACUCCAACUACAUCAAGUAUACCUCGGAACAGAACCUUGCAGACAUAACCAGCUACUGGACACAUUAUCUGGAUGGAGCGGUCAGCUGUCAGUUUCCAAAGCUCUCCCAAGCCAGCUUCUCGCCAGGUCAGCAACUCGAGUUCGCACGCACAUCGUCGGUCCUUCCCGAUCAGGCCUUGUUAGAGAACUCAUGCCGAAGGCUUGAAGUGACCCUCCCUGUCAUGUUCCAAGCAGCAUGGAGUUUAGUAUUGGCGACCUACCUCAACUCAGAUGACGUCGUCUUUGGACUUCUAUGCCAUGGCAGAGAUGCCCCAAUCACCGGGGCGCAGGACAUCAUCGGACCGAUGGCGAGUAUUGUGCCAAUGAGGGCCAAGCUUCCGGUGUCAAUGAAGUUGUCCGAGGUGAUUGCUACUUUGCGCGAAGACAGUAUUGAGCACAUGUCUCGCCAAGCAAUCUCUCUCGCCCGUAUCCAACAUGCUGUCAAGCGGAGUGGUGAUUCCAUGUUCAACACCAUCCUGAACUUCCAGAAGACCGGCAUGACGUUGCCUCCGGCCAGCAUCCAGUCAGAGCUCCUGUAUGCGCACGACACAAGUGAGUAUGACCUCGCUGUCUGUGUCACAGAGGACCAAGGAGGCCUUGAGAUCACCAUAGAGUCUCCGAAGCACUUCAUGUCAGAAACUCAAGCACAACGCCUGUUGGCUGUCUACAUCGAAGUGGUGCAAAGGCUCAUCCGCGACCCCGACGUCACCGUCGGCCAGCUCAGCCUUGCAACCGACAUGGACAAGGACCAGCUGCACGAAUGGAACUCGGUCGAGCUUGAGACCAGCAAACGCUGCAUCCACGAGAUGAUCUCGGAAACCAUCCUCCGUCAGCCUUCGAAGCCUGCGAUUUCGUCUUGGGAUGGUGACCUGACCUACGUGCAGCUGGAUCUCUUAUCCAACAAGCUAGCUGCCCAACUUCAAGCCAUUGGAGCCAAGCCAAACGAGAUCAUCGUCCUCUGCUUUGAGAAGUCUCUUUGGGCCGUGGUCUCAAUGCUUGCUGUCGCCAAGUCCGGGGCAGCAUUUGUGCACAUUGACCCGAAAGGCGCUCCCAAGAGAACAGAGUAUGUCAUCAAGGAAACAAAGGCCCGCAUCGGUCUCGCUUCGCUCGAGCAGUACGAGAACUUCGUUUCCCUGGUCGACACGAUUCUGAUCGUCAACAAGCCUGCCGUCAUGGGAUUGCCGACACCGAACCUGAACGACAUCAUGGCGGCAUCUGCGGAACCUGACAACACGCUCUACGUCAUCUUCACUUCUGGCACCACGGGUCAGCCAAAGGGCGUAGUGAUUCAGCACAAGUCAUUCUGCUCGGCUGUAGUGGCAAACAGGUCCUGGCUCCAAAUCAGAGGACAUUCCCGUGUCCUCCAGUUUACCAACUACUGUUUUGACGCCUCUAUGGAAGAGAUCUUCACCGUUUUGGUCGCUGGCGGAUGCAUCUGUAUCCCGUCUGAAAAGGAGCGCAUGACCGACAUUCCUGGCUUCGUCGAACGGAAGAAGGUCAAUUGGGCUGCGUUCACGCCCUCUUUCCUCCGGACACUUGACCCGCAUGAUCUCAAGCCAGUGAAGUUCAUCACCGUUCACGCCGAGCCUAUGGGCCAGGACUUGGUCGCUCGGUGGGCGGACAAGAUUCACAUGAGGCCAAGCUAUGGACCGACGGAGUGCUCUGUCACCAGCACCGUGGGUCUCAGGUUCACCGCCGACACUGAUGCCACGAACAUUGGAUUCCCCAUCGGUUGCCGCGGUUGGGUCGUUCAUCCCGAGAAUCAAGACAUCCUGAUGCCGAUCGGAGCCGUCGGCGAGCUCCUGCUUGAUGGACCCAUUGUCGGCAAGGGAUACCUCAACGAUGAAGCCAAGACCGAGGCUGCUUUCAUCGAUCCCCCGUCAUGGGCACUUCAAGUCGACUCAAUUUUCGGAAGCUCGCCGGAGAGAAAGUUGUACAAGACCGGAGACUUGGUCAGAUUUGCCGAGGACGGCAGCCUUCUCAUCCAGCGGCGAAAGGAUCACUCACAAGUCAAGAUCCGUGGCCAACGAGUCGAGCUUGGCGAGAUUCAACAUCACCUCAACCAGCUGGCUGGCAACAUUCAACACAGCAUGGUCUUUAUGCCCAACGCCGGAUUGCUCAAGGGCAGACUGGUGGCGGUAGCAAGUCUGACGGCUCUGUCGGCGGGUCUUGAUACCGGAAACUACGGUGUACAGGCCCUCAAGACAGUAGACAAGGAAGCACUGGGCGACGACGGCCGGAAGAGGGUCAGCAAGAUACUUGAUGAGGUCACAUCGGUGCUGGAAAAAGAUCUGCCUCCAUACAUGGUUCCCGAGACCUGGCUCAUCGUGAAGAGUCUGCCUGUCCAGUUGUCAUUGAAGCUGGAUCGUCAACGAGUCAUCAACUGGGUGGAAGGCCUCGACAAAGCAACCCUUCAGUCAAUUCUGGACUUGAGUCAACACGGCAGCUCGCAUUAUCGCAAAGGGUCUGAGACUGAGGAGGUCAUUCGAAAGAUUUGGGGUGAAGUUCUCGGGAUGGAUUCAGAUCGCAUGGGGCUGGACCAAUCCUUCUUCAGACUCGGGGGAGAUUCCAUCUACGCCAUGCAAGUGAUGCGACGUUGCAAGGCGGCAGGUCUCCAGGUGACAACUCAAGAUGUCCUCGCAAAUCCGACAGUGAAACAACUCGCACUCGUCGCGGUUCCGCACGCUCCUCCCAAGAAAAGGCCGACGAUGGGUCGAUCUAACACAGCCAUUUCGGCGCCGGCUGCAUCUCGAGCCAUCACUUCGGUCUCGAUGCCAACCACUCCCAUCACACCUCUGAUGCCCACGCCUCCACAGUCACCUGAAGAUGCGAUUCAUCUCUCGCCGUUUGCCAAGUACCUCUCCAGCAAGGAUGUCAAGGUCGAAGCUGUUGUUCCAUGCUCUCCCUUCCAAAGGCGGAUGUACAACUCUUUCCUCAAGAAGCCACAGAAGCCGUACCUUUUCAACAGUCUUGUGUGGCUGAAGGGAAUUGACGACGGGGCUGCCGUCAACCUGAACCGGUUGUUCCAGGCGUGGCAGCAGACCGUCGACCGCCAUGCAAUUCUGAGAACAGUUUUCGUCUCUGACCCUGCUGCCAAAAAGAUCUUCCAGAAGGUCUUGCGGAAGCACAAAGCGGACAUCGCGACUGUGUCAGCCAUGUCGGAAGAAGACGCCAUUCGGCAGAGUCAGACCCAUCUCGACGCCGUUCGCUUGUCACUUUUCAAGAACGACUCACCCCCGGUGUCUCUGCGCAUCCUAAUGACACUGGACCACGAGGUGUACCUGCAUAUUGUCAUGGGUCAUAUGCUGAUAGACCACGUCAGCUUGGACCAUGUGUUCGCCGACUUUGCAAGCUUCUACCGGGGACAGACCCCAGUGCCGACGAGGCUCUCGGCUGGGUUCGACCAGUACAUUGAGUAUGUGUGUCAACAUCGAAACAUUCGGGCCAGCAACCAGUUCUGGGUCGACAAGCUGCGAGACGUCAAGCCAUACAUGAUCCCAUCAGAGUCCCUCCUCACCACUGACCCGUAUUGCAUGGGGUCUGUGAAUUUCACUAUGGACGUCAAUCAGAAGAUGAAGGAGUUUCUGCGCAGUGCGGGGAUUACUCUGUCGAAUUUGUUACAGUUCACCUGGGCUAUGGUCCUACACGUCUACACGGGACACGAGACUGUGUGCUUCGGCCACUUGGUGUCAGAUCGGGACAUUGAUAUACCGCACGCUGAUGAGAUCGUCGGCCCGAUGCUGUCUCUCAUGAUAGCUUCUGCUUCAGUGAAAGACUCGACGAUUCUCGCCGAUGCCUUGCGCAACUUCCAAGAUGAGAGCAUUCGCAGCUUGCGUCACAAAACUUUUGAUCUCACAGAAGUGGAGCGCCAGCUCGAUUGUGAGAAGACUGGUCUAUUCAACACACUGGUCAACUACAGGAAAGUGAAGUACUCAGGCGAAGGUCACGACGCCAACUACCGUUCAAUCUGGAAACAGGAUCCUCAUGAGCAACUACUUGUCCUAUCAUUCAAUGAGGACCCAGCUCGACUCGAAGCUUCUUUGACGUACUACGAGUCUCUGUUCUCUAAACAAACGUUGAACACCUUGGCAGAGGCUUACAGCCGCAUCUUGCAGAUGCUGGUCGGCGGCAAGCACCGAACCGUGGGAGAUAUGAAGGCAGUCUUGAAUUCUUAA